UUGCCUUCACUCGCGCGGGGUACCGGCCACGCCCACCUGUGGAGCCGCGUUUGUCCCUUGGUGAUAAUGGGGAUUGUUGCGUGUGGUAACUGGGCUCUGACAGGUUCGUGCGCGGCCGGCAGCCGGUUUCGCUCUGAUCUCUCUGAAUAUGACGGCGCCUCGCGCGCUGCGCAGCGCGCCUCCUGGCCGCUCCGAGAGUCCCCUGUGUUUCGGGUGCUUCGCUGGGAUCCUUUCGAUGGCUCUAGUGCUCCUGCUACCCAUAUUCUCAGCAUGUCCACCUCCACCCAAGAUCUGCAAUGGGCAUCUCAUCAGAGGACAUGCAGCUCCCUGUGUCCCUGGGAUGACAGUCACCUACACUUGUGACCCAGGCUACCUGUUGGUGGGAAAGGCCUUCAUUUUCUGUACACACCAGGGAACCUGGAGCCAAUUUGAUCAGGAUUGCAAAGCAAUGAUACAGAUGAAAAAUCUAAAGAAGGGAUUAUCCACUUACAUCCUCAAGAAAGCAACCAUCUUCAUCCUCAAACUCUACAAACAAAUCAGGAAAAUAGCAGAUCCUGCUUCGUGGCCAGAGAGCGCAUCUAUGCUUGGGGAACCAGGACGCCUCCACGCUCCACCGAGCCAGGCCCCAAGCUCCACGAGGAUAGAAGCUCCUUUAUGUGAGGCCUUGCCCUGUGUUUCUCUUCAUCUGGCUGUUAACUUUCCUGUAUUAUUGUCCAGAUGGUCUCAACACCAUGUCACCAUCUCAAAGCUGUGUUCUUGAUGCAGGCUCUGCAUCAGGGAAUGCAUCUUGAUGCAGGGAGCUGAGAAGGCAGGUGGAACUGACAUUCCAAGGACAGGAGGGGGUGAGGAUCCUCCUAUAGCUGCGGCCCAGCUCUCUGGUCAUCUGGUGGUCACCUCUUCUCGAGCAUCUUCCUCAACAGGAACCAUUGUUUUUACCCCCUUACUUCACUCAAAGCCUUGACUCUUGAGUUCAGUUCCUGUCGGACCUUGGGAAGUUCACUGCCAGCACUCUCCCUUUGAACUCAGUCACUAAAAUAAUAUCAAAGCUUGCAGUGCGUCAUUUAAUAAAGUUUUCUGUGCAGACAGUUGUUGCUUAUUCCUUUUAGACACAAAUCUCAUUGUAUUUCUAGUGUCUAAAAUUAUUAAAACCAAAAUCUCUCAGAACUUUCCCAGCAUUUGGUAAAUCCAUGGGGUAGCAAUGGCUUAAGACAUGUUAAAUGCACUUGACAGCAAAACCCAUAAAUUUCAUUCAGUUUUUAAUAGGUAUUUAUUAUGCACAGGCCUAGAACUGUCUCAGCAGUGGAGAUACAGAACACUUUGUCCCUCCCUCGUGGAACUGGACCAGAAACACAGGUAAUUAGGCUCAGAAUCUUUCAAAUGGAGCUUCAACUGGGUCAAAUCAAACUAAGUUCAUGAAAUCAAUAUGAAAGUCUUCAAUUACAUUAAGAACGGCUUGAUGAACCCUAGGUGUAGAAAUUUCACUGGUUGAAAGAAAGUUCCAGUAAAACCCCAAUCACUGAUCUAAUGUAGUCCUUGAAAUUAGGAAACCAAACACUAGCCAUAUUUCUUUCCCUAUGUCUUAAGUUUUCUCAUGAGAAAAAUGUUAAUUCUAAGCUUAGAAAUAGAUGGAAAGUGUUUUUGAGGAUUAUUGAGGUGUAACUGACAUGUAACAUUGUGUACAGAUGGUGUUAGAGAACAAUAGAUACCACAUUUUCAUAAGUAAGUGCCAACCCUGUGCCACAAACAUUUCCAAAAUAUCACAACUAUAAGAAUUAACAGAUCUGUCACAACUGUAAGAAUUCAGACAAUUCCCACUCAAUGUAUUUCCUUUCACUGUCUCCUUAAUGACAUCUCCUUCAAUUAAAUGUCACCACAGUGUCUGAACUCUAAACUUUCAUUCACCUCCAUAUUAGUGUUUUUCUUCAGUGCUCUGCCAAGAUUUCAAACGUUGUGUUGGUUUGAGAUGAAGAGGGAAUUUCUUAGCUUGUUUAGCCCAGAACACCUUUAGCACACCCUGGAUAUAAAAUUGUUUAAAGUUUUGUUAGUUCUAGUGGGUGUAUUUGAGAUUUAUAUGGACAGAUACCAUUUCCUCACCAUUCUUGCAUAUCUUAACCCUAUGGGACACAUGCGGUAUCCUCAACAUUCUAUAAACAAAAUAGCAGUUGAUACAGGUUGGAUUUUUAGAAUUUUUUCUUUAACUUAGUCCAAGAGUAACACACGAGUCAAUGUGGAAAACAAAAAAAACACAAAGAAAAUGAAGUAUCCAUAAUCCUAUCAACCAUUAGUUAACUUUGGUGUAUUUCCAACUAAUCUAUUUUAUAUUUAUCAAUAUACUUUUAUUCUAAUAAAAGGAAUGCCAGCAAUAGUGACUUUGAGACUUUUUUUCCAAUUACAAAUAUAUCAUUUCUCACAUUGGUAUUUCUUGUCAUGUCUUGCUUGCAUAGAACUUCAUCCCAUAAAGCCACCUAUCAAAAAUUCCUUAUACUUCUCCCAGACACUUAGAUUUCUAUUUUUGCAAAGUUCUUUGUUCACAUCUUUGAUGAUUUCUUUGGGAUAAAUAAAUGGAACAGUUGGAAUAAAAGUCAUAUCCAUUUAAAACCUUUAACAUCUGUAAAAGUUACGUUAAAAAUUAAAUGUCCGAGGGUGCUGGUCCUCCCAUACCUUUACUCAUAUUGGUUGUUGAUAUCUUGAUUCUUUGCCAACGAAAAGGAAAAUGUCCACUCCUUGAGUUUGCUUUUAUUACUGAUCAUGUUUCUUUCUUUUUCUUAUAGUCCUACAGGGUUUCUCACAAGUCUUCAAAUACAUCUCGUUCUUAACUUUCCAGCACUGAGACCUUGUUUCACCAGGGAAGUUCUCCUCCUUACCGAUUUCUACCCAUCCCAACAUUAAUGGCAUCUUUGUCCUUAAUGUUUGUCACGCAGGCAUUAUUUCCUCUUAAGGAAAACGUGUACUUGCUCAAGGGCAAGGGCCCCUUGGAGUUGAGACUCAAUAUGUAAAUGACCUGGUGCUGUUUAAUAAUUGACGCGGCCAGGAGUCCUCUCAGGGGAGGAAUGAGACUAAUUUCCAUUAGGGGUUGGGAGGGCAGUGGCAAACCUUCUUUGGGAUUCUGAAACACAGCAGGGCAGGCCUUGAGGGGGUCACGGAAAUCACGCGUGGCACUGAGCAGGGGCCCAGGCAGUCCUGACAGUCUGGGGGACCCCAGGACAAACCUGGUCCCCGAGGGCCGCUAGCCCCGCGCUGACCCGCUGCCUGGCUCUAGGUUUUUGUUCUCAGAUCGAUGCUUUUUGUUCUUCAAUCCAGAGCUCCGGAACAGGGACAAUGAUGACCUCGUCAGCUCUGGUUUCCUUCCCACCCUUCCGGAGGUGGGGCGGUGCCUACGAACGCUGAGGUGAACUCGCCCUUUCCAGCCAGCCGCCUCUGGGCUUCCGGGAAGGUUUAUGGGGAGCGCGGCCUCACAAGGCCCGGCCCAAGUGGGAGGAGCCCGAGGUGCGACUUCCCCUCAACCUCCUG